CUAGGGGGCCAGGCAGGUGCUGGAGUCCCGCUCUGCAGUGGCGAUCGCGCCAUGCCCGGAGGCCAGGAGACCCUGGACCUGCCUGCGUGGGAUCGAGCCCCGGACCCGGCUUGGGGCCCCCAGCACAGAAGUGCGAUGGCGCCUCUUGAUUCUGAGGUGAAGGAAGAGUGUCUGAGGGAAGACCUGAAGUUCUACUUCAUGAGCCCCUGUGAGAAAUACCGAGCCAGACGCCAGGUGCCAUGGAAGCUGGGCUUGCAGAUUUUGAAGAUAGUCAUGGUGACCACCCAGCUUGUUCGAUUUGGCCUAGGUAACCAGUUGGUGGUGGCUUUUAAGGAAGACAACACCGUUGCUUUUAAGCACCUGUUUCUGAGAGGAUUUUCUGGAGUCGAUGAAGAUGACUACAGCUGUAGCAUAUACACUCAAGAGGACGCCUAUGAAAGCAUCUUUUUCGUGAUGAAGCAGUAUCGUCAGCUGAAGAACCUUUCCCUGGCAACCCUUGGUUAUGGAGAGGAUGAAGACAAUAGAACGGCCUUGAAAUUCUGUAAGCAGCAUUACAAGACAGAAGCCAUGUUUUCUUCUAACGAGACCCUCAGUAUUGACAGUGACAUUGAGACAGAAUGCAUUCACCUGGACCUCCAGGUGCUUGCCAAGGAACCUGAGGACUGGGCACAGGAAUCUUUCUUCAGGCUAGACUUCUAUCGGCUUGUGCAAGUUGACAUCUCCUUUGCCCUCAAAGGAAUUGACCUGCAGGCAAUUCACUCCCGAGAGAUACCAGACUGCUACAUCUUCCAGAACACGAUUAUCUUUGACAACACAGCCCACAGCGGAAAAAUCAAAAUCUAUUUCAACAGCGAGGCCAACAUCGAAGAAUGUAAAGCCAUGAACAUAUCUGGGCCUACUCAGAGAAGCACUCACUAUGUCCUGGUGUUUGAUGUGUUUGUCAUUAUGAUCUGCCUGGCAUCCCUUAUCCUGUGCACAAGAUCCAUUGUUCUUGCUCUGAGGCUGAGAAAGAGAUUUCUAAACUUCUUCCUGGAGAAGUACAAGCGACGCGUAUGUGACGCUGACCAGUGGGAGUUCAUCAACGGAUGGUACAUCCUGGUCACUAUCAGCGACCUCAUGACAAUAAUUGGAUCCAUCCUGAAGAUGGAAAUCAAAGCCAAGAACCUCACAAAUUAUGAUCUGUGCAGCAUUUUUCUUGGGACAUCAACACUGUUUGUCUGGGUUGGAGUCAUCAGAUAUUUGGGUUACUUUCAGACAUACAACGUGCUCAUUUUAACCAUGCAGGCCUCGCUGCCCAAAGUCCUCCGGUUCUGCGCAUGCGCUGGCAUGAUCUACCUGGGGUACACGUUCUGUGGCUGGAUCGUCUUGGGACCGUACCACCAGAAGUUUGAAAACCUGAACAUAGUUGCGGAGUGCCUGUUUUCUUUGGUGAACGGUGAUGACAUGUUUGCCACCUUUGCUCAGAUUCAGCAGAAGAGCAUCCUGGUGUGGCUCUUCAGCCGCAUCUACUUGUAUUCCUUCAUCAGCUUAUUCAUAUACAUGGUCCUCAGCCUCUUCAUCGCACUCAUCACCGAUUCUUACCACACCAUCAAGAAAUACCAACAGAAUGGGUUUCCUGAGACAGACCUGCAGAAAUUCCUGAAGGAACGCAGUAGCAAAGACGGAUACCAGAAGGAGGCAUCCACCUUGCUGUCCUGUGUCUGCUGUCUGAGGAGGAGAAGAAGCGAUGACCACUUGAUUCUCAUUGACUAAAACCCUUUGCUAACAUCAAUCAAGUCCAGACCUCUUCACCCUGUGGUAGUGCAGAGAGACCCCAGGGUCAGCAGCAGCUUACUAAAAGGUUGCUGCACUGAAUUGUGGAUCCAGAAGGAGGGGUGUCCAUGAGCUGCUGACCUGGAGUAACAUUCCAAAGUUACUUUUUAUAACCACGGAGGCUAGAGAAUGGGCCCCUCCUGGGAAUUAAUGUGAUGGAAGUGUAAUGAUUGGUAGCCUGCUGAUUGGUGACAUCAUAAUGCUGGGAUGGACAAAAUAUUUCUAUUUCAGAGUGUGUAAGCAAUAUUUAAAAGCAGGUAAAGAUAUUUUAAAAUGUGCUCUUUGAAUUGAAGACGUUUGUUAAUUCGUGGUCAGCACAGAAAUAAAUUUGGUUUCAAUACCGAAUUAAGACUUGAAGAUGGGGAACUGGAAGGCCACGUAGGGCUCACACUCAGACGCUGACAGAAAGAUGUCAGAUCUUGACUAGUUCUGCGGACUUGCUUCUUCAGCAUGACCUGCAGUGUCCGUUAGCACAGCUCCUGGACGUCACAGAGCACCUGGCUGCCGCCUCGGUUGAUCUUUCCCUGGACUGUGCGCAUGAGGAAUGGCUCCAAAUUUGGGAGUGGCCACCUGUUUCAUGAGUCAGCUCCUCUGCCGCGGUACUUGCCUUUGUCAGGCAAGGAAAUGAGGUGCAUUUUUCCUUAAAUAAACUUAUUUUCAUCAUGCAAAAUUGCACUAUUACUGUGUGUUAAAAUGCAAUGUCUCUC